AUGUCGGAAAGUCCAAGUACAGUGCCACCAGGAAAACCAAGUGAAGGAAGAAAAAGUUGCCAUUCAGUUGAUAUGAACGCAUCUAGAAGGCUGUCAACCACUUCAUGUGGAUCGAUCGACUCGUUUAAAGAAGCAACACAUUCAGCAAGCAUCUCAGAAGAAAUAGAAAAGCCCGGGGAUCCAUUGACAGCAGAAUCCUUGGAACAGCACAGAAAAGCAGUCGCAUCUAUUGCACCGAUGCUUCAUGACUUCUCGCCAGUUCUAUCAAAGUCUGAAGUGGUGAGUCCAUCCCAGGAUCCUCUUUCAAGGACAGCAUCCAACAUUAGUUCACUUAGUAUUUCAAAGAAUGCUCCUGCGAGGGGGGUUGCAAAUGCAAUGGAUUCAAGUGCUGGAACUGCGACCGGAAGUGCAAUUGCCUCUUCACCAUCUUCGGUUGAUUCCAACCCAUCUUCCAAAUCCAGCAUGAAUGCCAUCCAGAUGACGUCUAUCAAAUCGAAGCCUCGUUCCUUUUCGGCUUCCCUGCCAGAGCCCAAGUUCCCGCGCAAGCCGAAGGUGGGAACUAUUGGAGUUUGCGCCAUGGACAGCAAAGUGCUCAGUAAGCCUUGCCGGCAGAUUCUUAACCGGCUUAUUGCUCACGGUGAGUUCGAGACGGUCAUUUUUGGCGAUAAGGUUAUUCUAGAUGAGUCGAUCGAGAAUUGGCCGACGUGCGACUUCUUGAUAUCCUUUUUCUCGACGGGAUUUCCGCUAGAAAAAGCCAUUGCCUAUGCAAAUUUAAGAAAACCGUUUCUUUUGAACGAUCUUGUGAUGCAGAAGGCACUAUGGGACAGGCGGCUUUGUCUCAGCAUCCUAAAGGCAGCCCAUGUUCCAACCCCCUACAGAUUAGUCAUUUCGAGAGACGGGGGUCCGCAAGUUGAUGAUGACCUAAAGGAGAAACUUGAAGCUAUAAACAUCCCGUGCGACGAAGUUCCAGAACCCAAAUGGAGGAUGAUCGACGACGACACUUUGGAGGUGAACGGCCAGAUCAUGAAGAAGCCGUUUGUCGAGAAGCCGGUCGAUGGUGAAGAUCACAAUAUCUUCGUUUACUACCCGAAGAAAAACGGCGGUGGUGGAAGAAGACUCUUUAGGAAGAUCGGCAACAAGUCGUCCGAGUUCGAUCCAACGUUGAACAUGAUCAGAACCAGCGGCUCGUACAUCUACGAAAAGUUUAUCGACACGGACAAUUUCCAGGAUGUCAAGGCUUACACUGUAGGUCCCAACUAUUGUCAUGCCGAGACUAGAAAGUCACCAGUCGUGGACGGAAUAGUUAGAAGAAACACGUACGGUAAGGAAAUAAGAUACAUCACGCAUUUUUCGAAAAGCGAGGCUGACAUGGCACGAAGAGUAGCUACUUUCUUUCAGCAGACAAUAUGUGGGUUUGACAUGCUAAGAACAAACGGGAAGAGCUUUGUGAUUGAUGUGAAUGGAUUUUCGUUUGUCAAGAAUAACAACGACUACUAUGACAAGUGCGCAGAAAUCCUCAGAAACAUGUUUGUCGAGGCUAAGAAGCAGAGAGAUCUCGAACUACCACUGGGUGGCCCACUAGAGGAAAAAAAGCAAAAGUGGGUCUUCAAAGGCUUUGUUUGCGUUGUUCGGCACGCAGACAGAACACCAAAGCAGAAGUUCAAGUAUUCGUUCAAGUCUCCGAUAUUCAUAUCUCUAUUAAAGGGAUAUAAGGAGGAGGUGAUCAUCCGAGAGGUCAGAGACUUGAAAGUUGUGUUGGAGACGGUUCACGUGGCGCAAAAACAGCACCUCGAGAAUGGAAAGAAGUUGAAACAGUUGGCUACCGCGUUGGAGAAGAAAAUGUACUUCCCCGGCACAAAAGUUCAGUUAAAGCCUGCUUUAAACCAGGAGAACGAGAUUGAAAAGGUGCAGCUUAUUCUCAAGUGGGGCGGAGAACCAACUCAUUCAGCCAGAUACCAGGCCACAGACUUGGGUGAGCAGUUUAGGCAGGAUAUACAGUUGUUGAAUCAGAAAGCACUGGAAGAUGUUCGUGUCUACACGUCUUCGGAAAGAAGGGUCUUGGCCUCAUCGCAGUUGUUCUCAAAGGCAUUCUUGGAUGUGAAAACGCUUCCUGAUGACUUCCUACAGGUUAGGAAGGAUUUAUUGGACGAUUCCAAUGCUGCCAAAGAUCUAAUGGAUAAGGUGAAGAAGAAGUUGAAGCCGUUGUUGAGACAAGGAAAGGAGGCACCACCACAAUUUGCUUGGCCCGUUCAGAUGCCGGAACCAUUUGUGGUUAUUAAGCGUGUUGUGGAACUCAUGAUCUACCACCAUAAAAUCAUGGAGAAGAAUUUCGCCACGAAAGAUGUCAACAGCUUUCAAAACUAUUGGUGCUGCGGAGAGGACCCAUAUCUUUUCAAAGAACGCUGGGAUAAGCUAUUCCAGGAGUUUGUCACAGUUGAUAAAGUCCAUCCUUCCAAGAUUUCGGAGCUUUAUGAUACCAUGAAAUACGAUGCUUUACACAACAGAGAGUUCUUGCUCAAAGUGUUUGAGGAUGACGAUAACGAGGGCAAGGAUACCCUCUCGCAUUCUUUAGUCAAGCAAUAUCCAAUAAACGUGCUCGCAAUGAACGACUUCAAGGUGAAGGAUUCGGUUUUGGAUCCCGCCAAAAACCCAGCAGGUUCCAUAGGUUGGGUUUUGUCCUCUAGCUACACAACCAACUCAAAGGCAGAUGCACACUCACCAUUUGACGAUCCAAAGUACGACAUGCUGAGGGAGUUGUACAGGCUCUCGAAGGUGCUAUUUGACUUUAUAUGUCCUCAAGAAUACGGAAUAGAAGACAACGAAAAGUUGGAUAUUGGCUUGCUAACGUCUCUGCCAUUAUCGAAGCAGAUACUUCAUGACAUCGCCGAGAUCAAGGAGACGGACAGAGCAGCAACAAGGAUAUACUUCACGAAAGAGUCGCAUAUCUACACUUUGCUUAAUGUGAUUUAUGAGUCCGACAUUCCAAUGAAGAUUGCUAGAAAUGCGUUGCCGGAGUUCGACUAUCUAUCGCAGAUUGUGUUUGAACUCUACGAAUCGGAAGAUAGCGGUGAGAAACGCCAUUCUAUCAGACUGUCACUCUCGCCAGGUUGCCAUACACAGGAUCCGUUGGAUGUGCAAUUAGAUGAUCGUCAUUACAUCUCGUGCAUCAGGAGAAUAAACUUGACUAGGCAUUUAGACAUGGAUUUAGUUCUUCAGAAGUUGAAGAGCAGAUUCAGCAGGGUUUCUUUGCCAAAGAAGUUUACUCCGGUUAACAUCACGAGUCCAUUGGUUCGGGAAAAGCCAUGA